UAGUUUUGUCCUGUCGCGGUCGUGACGCAUGAAUGUGGUACAGUAAUUAUGGAGCGUUGAACAAGAAAGCUGUGAGAUUGAAACUGGAACAGGGGAAGCUGGUAAAUAAGUACCAGAGCUUGUUCUCUCUAUAAAGACAAGUUCUUUGAAGACCCUUUGAAUUAUUUUAAGAGCUUGUAAAUCGUUCAACAAUGGCGGAUCCAGAUUCCGUCUCUCUCAGCAAGCAUCAUUUCUUCCAACCCCUUCUUCCCGGCUUCCACAACUUCCUCAACAUUCCUGUAAAGUUCUUCCAGAAGCACAUAGAGGGAAGAACCGGGAACAUGACAGCAAAGCUGAGAUCGGACGUGUCUUACAAGACAUGGGAAGUGAAGAUGGACGGCCGGAGAUUCACCGGCGGUUGGAAAGACUUCGCCGUCGACCAUGAUUUCCGGAUCGGCGACUUCAUAGUUUUCAGAUACGAAGGAAACUUGGUGUUUCACGUCACAGGCUUCGGGCCCAGUUGCUGUAACUUACAGUACUCAUCAUCAAGCCACGACAACGAGACCAACAGUCAUGAACACACUGGAAAUGAUUCAAGAAAGGAGAAGAAAGCAAGAAAGAAUCUGAAAACAGGUAGCAAAUACACUUGUCUUGAGGUCACGGCUUCUAACCUGAGGUUAGAUAGACGGUUUGUUCCCAAGGGUUUUGCUAGAUCAAAUGGUCUGGAGAAUAGAUGGUGCGAGAUAGACUUGAUGAAUGAACAUGGAAGCUCAUGGACCUUAUAUUUGAGACGUCGGGCCACGGAUGGCCAAGUUUACAUUGUACGAGGCUGGACCAGUUUCUGUCAGGCAAAUGGAUUCAAAGCCGGUAGUUUCUGCAAGUUCAAAAUGGUCCGGAACGGGACAAGGCCCGUGAUCCAGUUAUGUCCAAAAGAACCUAGCCAUAAUACCGACAACACAGAAGAAGGUUCAGAAGCAAUAGAAAGGAAGAGCUGUUCCAGUAAACCGAAGAGUGCAAGGGGAAGCUCCAAGAGAAAGGAGGGCAGAGCUCCGGCUUCAUCAGGGCAACACCGGUUUUUGAAAUUGAAUCUUACACCAUCCAUUCUUAGGACAGGUCAACUGCGGCUUCCAACGCGUUUCAUGAGUUCGAAUGGCAUCAAGAAGUCUGUUAAUAUAACCCUUAUGGACAAAUACGGAGUAGAGUGGCUGUCUUACCUUCAUCUGGUGAAAGGGCAGCAAUUGUUUUACAUCUCUUGCAGAGAUUUCAUCAAGGCCAAUGGCGUGAAGAAAGGCGAAACGUUCACCUUGGAGUUGAUCUGGGGAGACAAAACUCCGAUAUUUAGGUUCUGCCCUGAGAUACAGCAAGAAGAGAAAGGAACUGAGACAAUGGCAGAUGUAAAUGCUCUAAAGAGGAGAACCCACGAGACAGUUCAGACACGGACAGCUGCAGAGAAGCCUCUAUCAGAAGCAGAGGUUAAGGCACAUAAGAGGGUUCGAGUUCGAGAUCCAGAAGAUAGACCAAAUCAUCAAGAUGAUUGGGAUACAGAUUCCACCACUCGAAUGACCUCAGGAACUGCUUCGGAAUCCUCUCGGAGAACACGAUCUAACCCGAUAACUAAAGCAAAACAGAACAUCACCGACACUCUAACUGCGGUACGACAGUUCCGAGAGGUGCUCGAUACAAAAGAACGGAAUCUGGAUGCCGUGCUGCGAGAACUGGAUGCCUUUGGUAUGUAACGCGUGUGAAAUCUGUCAUGGAUUUUAAUGUUGUCUUCCUUGUCCGAACAGGGGAAUUGGGAAUUAGCUGCAUCACAUCUGAUUCAGGGGAAGUGCUUAACUUAUUAUGUGUGAUACAUUUCGGUAAUUGUUGAGAUGUAGCUAACAAUCAUGCGAGUGUUUUGAAGGAGUCAAAAGCACAGAGAGAAGGCUUGACUAGGAGCCAAGAACAAGUUCUGCUCUUCUUCUCUGUUCAUCGUAUUCAACAAUGGAGGAAAAUCCCGUAAUC